CGGUUGAGCUCACUUGCCUGAGAAGCUGGUGUCAGAGGGACACCGAGGACGCAUAGACCCUUCAGGCUUUCAGCAGCACUCCAGCUACAGCGCGGCAGCGGAUCGCUUCGGCUGGUCGGAGCGUCCCCAGCAGCCCUCUGCCGCCUGCCUCCCACCUCCUGCAGCCGGGGCGCCUGCGCUCAGCCGAGGCUAGCCGCAGGGAAGAGGAUGGAGACGCGUCCCACGGGCCUGGUCCAGGCACUGCUGCUCUGCCUAGGUUUCCAACUUCUACAAACGGUUCCCAGCACGACUGUGAUUCCAUCAUGUAUCCCAGGGGAAUCAGAUGACAACUGCACAGCUUUGGUUCAGAUGGAAGAUAAUCCACGUGUGGCUCAGGUGUCCAUAACAAAGUGUGGCACUGACAUGAAUGGCUACUGCUUGCAUGGACAGUGCAUCUACCUGGUGGACAUGAGUGAAAAUUACUGCAGAUGUGAAGUGGGUUACACUGGUGUCCGAUGUGAGCACUUCUUUUUAACUGUGCAUCAACCCUUGAGCAAAGAAUAUGUGGCCUUGACUGUGAUUCUUAUUAUUUUGUUUCUUGUCAUAGUCGCCGGUUCCAUAUACUACUUCUGCAGAUGGUACAAAAACCACAAAAGCAAAAACUCAAAGAAGGAAUAUGAGAGAGUGACCUCAGGGGACCCAGCGUUGUCUCAAGUCUGAACAGCACAGGGAUGCACUGCAUUCCUAGUCAAUGUUAAUAUUCCUAUUUUAUUAAUAAUAUUUAUGUUGGGUUGUGUGUUAGGUCAACAACUGUGUAUUUUUAAUAUACUCAAAAAUGUUUUUAUUUUUGUCUUAUUUUUGACAAACUAUUUACUAAUAUAUUAUGUGUAAAAAUAUUUAAUACCAAAGAAAAGUGAUAUUUUUGUAAGAAAUAAUUUCCUGAGCUAAAUGCUUUAUUGAAAGCUUCAAAGCUUAUAUGCCUGCUGCACAGGGCCUAGGAAUGAGCAAUGCCUAAUUCAUUGUUCAGGAAGUGUCAGCUUGUGACUUAUUUCUGUAAACCUAAAUAUAUGGUCAAAUCAAUCUUAUAAGUAGAUUCUUUUCUACUGCUCAAAUCAGUGAUAAUUGACUUGACUAUGUUAUGGUUUGAUGCAUUGGUUGGUGCCACUGUUUCAUGUAAUACAAUUGAGAUUUGGGAAAACAAAUACAGGUCAUAUGCUAAACAGUUUAGCAUAUUUGAAAUAAACUGAGUUCAGGAAGAAUGGCCUCUACAUUCCUAUAUUGGCUAGCUUGAUACUCACUUGCUUGGAGGGUCAAUGGACCAUCCCCUGUGCCAACCUACAACUACAGAAAACUGUCAGCCACCUGCCAGAUUCUCUUCAAGUAAAGUGAAGGGAAGAGUUUGUCAUCUUUCAUGUCAAUAGUGGGUAUUCCAUAGCUUCACACUAUUCUAUUUUUGUACAACACAUCAUUUAUGUUAUGUGUUUAUAAUUGUUUCUCAUGAGACAAUUAGAAAAAAAUACAUUCUUGAAGCCAAAUUUGUGCUUCUUUUUAGGGUAUUAAUUUUCACAAGAGAUUUAUUGAAGAAUUGUAAAGUAAAUCAGAGUCCAAAAUGUGAUAAGCUAAUUAUUAUUUUAAAAUAGAAUAGAACAGUAGUUCUAUGUUAUCUAAAAAUGGACAUACAGGUAUUUCUAUUCAAGAUGGUUUCACUUACAGUUUAAGUAGCUUCUUCUAAAACUUAAAGUUACAUAUUUAAAAAUAUCUUCAUAUAGGCAGUGGAAAAUAAUAAGAGAAAAUAAACUAUAGUGUAUUUUUCCAAAUGAAAAACUCUAUUGGAAAGCUUUUAAAAUGUAGGGACUUAACUACACCUUCUUAUGGAAGCUGAGAUGAAGGUACCCCUUACACACUUUAUCCCCUGUUAUUUAUUUAUUUUCUGGAAGAAACUGAGAUUUCUUCUGCACUCUGAGGUCUCAGUGAGCUCAGGGUAUUCUGAGCAAUUGCAUAGAAGUCAGGGCUGUCACCACCUUUGGCUUUCAUGGGAGUCUACCUCUCUGAAUGCUAAAUUUUUCGUUCUCAUCUCUGGAUCACAUACCAGGUCAGGGAGGAUCUUCUUCCUCCACAUUUUUUCCUGGCAUGUACUAGGGCAACAAAGAUAUCACCAGACAAGUCACCUCUGGAGUACCAGAUGCCAGGAAUUGCCUCCAGAUGGAGCCAUGUAUUAUAUACCCUGAUGUGUUCACAUGGCUCUCAUGUAUAGUCCUGGCCUGGCAGGGAAACAAGCAAACAAAAGAAACGAAAAUCUAUACAUAAACAUAUUUGUAUACAAACACUUAAGUACACAUGAGCUCUAUUGACUAUUGAAUCAUAGUCAUUUGUUGCUCUAUAACUAAUGUGUGAAACUUAAAAGCAAGAUAAAAGGAAAACAGAAAUCAGAGAGACUUUAAAGUAUAUUUAUUUCAUGUUUACUAUAGCUGAAAUCAAAUGUAUUAUUACAUAAGGGCACAUUUUAAAUUGACACCUACUGAAUGUAAUGCAAGUCUGCCUAUUUUCAGUGAUCUUGUCUGUUUUAAAGAAAACUUAUCGACUAAGAACUCAACUACAAUCUAUUUCAUUAACAAAAGUUUCAUUGACAGCGUCUCAGCAUUGAUAUAUUAGUCUGUCUUCAGCGUCUCAAUGCAUAUUAUAUAACAUGGUGCAAGUAGUUUUGGAUUUUUUUUUUUUUGGUACUGGGGAGUGAACUCAGGGGCACUCGACCACUGAGCCACAUCCCAGCCCUAUUUUGUAUUUUAUUUAGAGACAGACUCUCACUGAGUUGCUUAGCGCCUUGCUUUUGCUGAGGCUGACUUUGAACUCGCAAUCCUCCUGCCUCAGCCCGCGCCCCUGAGCUGCUGGAAUUACAGGCAUGUGCCACCAUGCCUGGCUAGUUUGGGAUAUUUUUAUCUUUACUAAAAUGCUUAAAAACCAGCCCCAUAGGAUUGGGUGUGUAACUCAGUGACACAGCACUUGCCUAGUAUGUGCGAGGCCCUGAGUUUGAUCCCCAGUAUUGCAAAAAACUAACGAACUAACCCCUAAAAGAGUUAAAUUUUUAUUUACAAAUACAUAUUAAAUAAUGAAAAUAUAUAAAUCAGAUUGCAUUUUGUGGAUGAAAAUUAGUAAAAAGUGGUUGCUAUAGUGAGGAUAAUGCUGAAUAGACAUAAAAGAAAGACUUUUGCUCUCAGUUCAUGUUUCCUACAGGAAAUGAAAAGUAUUUAGCUCACUUUUAGUUAUCAUCCUCAUUUUACAGAUUUCUCUAUGUCUCAAAGAAGCUACACACACACACACACACACACAUAUAUGUGGAUAUAUAAUAUAAAUAUAUAUAUAUUUUAUAUAUAUGUGUAUAUGUAUAUAUGUAUAAAAUAUGUAUAAAAUGAGUCACAUGAUUCCCUCCGCUUACGCUGUAUAUGUAUACAUAUUACUUAUAUGUACUGAGAACCUAAGCAAUCCCUGAAGCAAAAAUGCAUAAUUUAUAAUCUCCCACCAAGACCACUCAAAAACCCAGAAGACAUAUUCUAUAACCAGGAUGUUAAGUUCUGUGAUUGGUACUAAAGUUUAACCUUAAAAUUGAGAUUAUUGUACUAUUUGAACAUCUAUAAUCCAAUACAAUUUUACUGUUCUCCUAUACAUUGUUUUGCCCUCAUCCCUCUGUCAAAAGUCAAAGCAAUGGGAAAAAUUAUAUACUGGUAUGACAUUGUCCAAACUCAAAUUUUUAUUUUUGAGUCCUCGAAUGGAAAGCUAGCUAAAUUUAACUGUGACUGAGAAUCAAAUCAAUUUUUAUUCAGCAAAUACAUGUGUUUAAUUUAUAUUUAAUAGUAGAUUUAAAAUCUCUCUGACUCAUGUUGGUAAUUUUUGCUACAGUUUUAUUUUGUAGAAUUUUGAAAACAAAAUGCUUGAUUUGCUGGCAAACAUUUUCUGACUUUUUCUAUUCUUUUGGGAGAAAUUGGAGCAUAAACAGUGUUUCUGGAAUAACUUUUAAAGUUUUAACAUAAUAAUGAUGUCUAAAAUAUAUCUGCUAUUUUAACAUAAUGAUGUUAAAUCUAAUAUACUGUAUUUUUCUUUUUGCCUUUUUUGCACUCUGUAAUUGCACUUUUUAAGUUUGAAGAGCCAUUUUGGUAUACAGUUUCUAUUAAAGAUGCUAUGGAACAUAAACUUGUACUAUAUAUAUUUUAAAGUAACUUAUUUGUUGACUAUGAAUUUUAUCAGAAUACUGAAUUGUAUCAAUUUGUUUGUGUUCAGUAUCAGCUUUGAUAAUUGUGUACCUUAAGACAUUGAAGGAGAAUAUAGAUAAUUUACAAGAUAUUGUUAAUUUUUAUUUAUUUGUUUUGGGAACUGGCAAAAAAACACAAUUGAGAAAUAAAUGUGCAUUAAGCACCAUCAAUAAAACAUCUGCACUUUCAA